UGCAAAACGUGGUCGGCGGUAGGACUGCAGUUUCUCUUGGGAAGGAUUAAGCAAGGCGAUCUUCCCCGCGGCGCGGCUGGGUCUUGCCGUCGCGAGAGCGCUAUCGCCGUGGCAGCCUCCGCUGCUUCCCUUGCCCUGACCCGUCGCCUGCCCUUAUUGUCCCCAAGCCAUGUGACGGGGAGGGUGACAGAGCACUUUUAUUUGCUUAGUCAUCGCUCCUCAGCCCUCUGAGAAAGCGACUCGGUUAUAUCCUUCUCGCCCAUCCCAGCCAAGCCCGGCAGCACACCACCUCCUCGCCGGAAGGGAGGCGCAAUCUGGACGCUGGCAUGGGGACCCAGAGCGGCCGGGCGGCGGUCUUGCUGGGGCAAGCGCGCACCCUCAACCUGCAAACGGGCAACCUGCUCAACUGGGGCCGCUUGCGGAAGAAAUGUCCGUCCACCCCCAGCGAGGAGCUGCGGGAUUGCAUUCAGAAAACCUUAAAUGAAUGGAGUUCAAAAAUCAGUUCUGAUCUGAUGCAGGAAAUUCCAGAUAUUCUUGACUGUACUUUCACACAAGCAGUAGAAAAGAUUAAUUCUGAAGAAAGAGAAGAACUGAAAGUUUCAGCAAAGCUCUUUGUCACAAGAUCAAACUCCUCAUCAAUCAGAGAAGCAGUCAAUAUGACAUGUUCAGCCCUUGGUGUUGACCAGUUAGAUUCUGUGAUCAUUGCUCCACCUCCAACUGAAGAUGGAAUUAACCUUUCUUUAGAAUAUUUACAACCAUACUGGGCAGAGCUUGAAAACUUAGUUCAGAACAAAAAGAUUGUUGCUAUAGGGACUUCUGACCUAGAUAAAACAUUGCUAGAACAGCUCUUCAUGUGGGCACAGGUGAAACCAAGUAGUAACCAAGUGAAUCUUGCUUCCUGUUGUGUAAUGCCACCAGAUCUGACUUUAUUUGCAAAAGAAUUUGAUAUUCAGCUGUUAACUCAUAAUGACCCAAAAGAAUUGCUUUGCGGAACAAGUUUCCAGGAAACUCUUCAGGAAAGUCUUCCAGAUUGCCAGGGGCAUGAAUGGACUCCCCUCUGGCUUCUGCGAUAUUCAGUCAUUGUUAAAAGCAGAGGAAUUAUCAAAUCCAAAGGCUACAUCUUGCAAGCUAAAAGGAUCCCAUCAUCUUAAGACUGAUCUUGACAACUGACAACUUCUGAGAGACCCUAUCUCUACUAGAAAUUAAACCUAGUAGUUUUUUUAUUAACAAGUUAUCAGUAAGACUCAGAUUACAUAGUGGAGUGGUACUCUGAUUCCAUUCUCUCCAUUUCAUUUACUUUCACAUACUGUAUGGUGAUCUGUGUUGACAUCCGAUGGCUCACAUACUGUUUUUCAUUAAAAUGCUUACUAAUUUAGAGCUAUUAUAUGUAAUCUUUGGAAUUUUUGAUGACUAAUAUAAAUUUAAAAUCUAGCUAGCUAUAUUAUGAUUGAAAUAUUUUUAUUUGUACGGCAUAAACUUUAUGGUUGCUGAGCUGAUAAGAGGACUAAAUGUACCAUGUCUUGGGGGAAUAAGCAGUUGAUUUGACCAGUGGUAAAAAUAAGUGUAUGUGAAAUAUUUAAUAGAGUCAUGAAUUUAUAUUCAGUUCACUCCCCCUCAAACAUCACUAUCAUAGUUUGAUGUAGCUCUGCACAAUUUUUAUUAUGUUUGUUCAGUACCAUUUUCCUCUUGGCAUAUGUCCAGGAGAUUUUUUUUUUAACUUGGAAUUAGAUGGCUCUAGUGAAGAGUAGAAUUAACUUUUUUAAAAAUUGUUUUGCUGAAGUUAAACAUACUUUUAUUUUGAAAGUCAUAAAAAGAUGUAUUAUAUAAAUUUCAGCAUUGCACUGAGUGUAGCUUAUCAGACAUUUUUAGGAAUUCUUAAAAAUAACUGGAGGUGCAGUUAAGUUACUUAUAGGAGUUCGUGGUUUCUUCAAAAGAAAUUUGGUGCAUUCAAUGCUGUUAAGCACUUAAUUUAAAAAACUGCUGCAGUUAAAGGAUAUUUUAAUUUAGAUUAAAGAGGCUGGCUUAUUGAGAUUUCUAUAGUCCAACAAUGUACAUUUUUUUCUAUUUGAAUGUAUAUUUGUGUGUUCUAAUUGCACAAAUGAAAGGUAAGAGAUGCAAACUUUAUCUGGAGUCUAAGCUUUUAAUUUAUAAAUGAAAAUAAUGUUAUAGGCAGCUUUACUAAAUGUUUUAUAAUGUCCAUCAUACCAUAUUCACAUACUUGGAUCCAUUCCAGUGGGUAAACUUCUUAUGCUUUAUAUUAAAACAAUUUUGCAUGAGAGGGUUCAGCACAUGGUGGUGUUUGGGUUCCACAAUAUAUUAAGCAUGGAAAAAACAUGCUUGAUUCAAACUUCAGCUUUUACCUGGAAUUAAGAUUCCAUUGAGAUCAUUGGGGUGUUAAUGAUAAUUAAUGCAAUGAGGCCAUGUAUUGGGUUACUUGGGAGGAGUCCUAAAAAAUUGAAUACAUUAACUGAAAUAAAUUUUAUCUGACAACAUUCUGGAGUAAAUUUUGAUGUGCUGCUUUAAAUAAAUAAAGACAUAAAAA